AUGACAGAAAAGAGCAAUUCAAAAGAAUCACUGACCAAGGAGGCUGAGAUAAUUGAUGUUGAACAAAAAACUGAAGAAGUCCCCUUAGAAAACAAUGAAUCUAAUGCAAAACCUAAAGAAUCGACCAGUGCUGCAGAUUCUACUAAGCUUGAAUUAACAGAUAAUGAACUUUCUAUUGAAGGAGGAAAAGAACAAGAGAAAGAUGAUGCAAAAAAGUCUUCCGUUGAUUCUGCACCUUCACAAUUAGACGGAAAGAAUGAAUUGACUGAUAACACCAAAGAUGCUGACAAUGAAGAAUGUCCACCUUUACCAACAAGAAGAAAAACUACUGAAGAUGUGUCUGAAGGAUUGCAGAAGCCAAGAGAAAACCCGAUCUUGACUCAAUUGAAGGAGGCCUUUCCUAAUAUUGAAGAAAAAUAUGUUAAGGCAGUAAUUAUUGCAUCUCAAGGUGUACUUGAUCCUGCAUUCAACGCCUUACUAUAUUUAUCUGAUCCAGAUGCAGAGAAAGAUAUUGAAUUACCAACAGAUCCCAUUAAAGAACCUCCCACUUUACCAACUAGGAAAACCCAAGAUCAGAGGCAAUUGGAACAAGAUGAGUUGUUAGCUCGUCAAUUGAAUGAACAAUAUAAUAGAACAAACCCUAGACAGAAACAAAGACCCUCUAAUGAACCAAGAAGACAGAGAAGAACUGAAGAAGAUGAUAGGCCAAGAAAUUCAAGAUAUGGAGUCGAAAAUGAUAUAGAAGAUGAUUCUUGGGGUCAAUUUGUCGAAAAGGAUUUACCUGAAAUUACAGCUAGAGCAAAUCGAUCUUUACAAGAAACUGCGUCAAAAGUAGGUUCAUGGUUUAGUAAGAAUAUUAUUGGAGAAGAGGAUGAAUCCAUGCAACAACGCGAAAAGAGGAACCCAGCCGGGUUCACUGAUGAUGAUAUUAGAGAACAACAAAAAGCGUGGUCUUAUUAUCAGAAUGAAAAAAAAAUGGGGAAAAAAACAAACAAUACAGUUGAAAAUGUGAAACCUGAAAGACGUAGAUUUAACUCAUUUGGUGCUCAAGUCGGUGAAGAUUCUUUGGAGAAUCAUGGUAUUUCAUUGCUUGAUAAUGAUGACGAUAAUGAAUUUGGAGAUGAUCAUGUUGGUACAAAUGAUGAUGAUGAUGAUGACGAUGAUGUUCCACCUCAAUUACCAUCUAGAGAAAGGUCAAGGGACUCCGAUGGAAAAGGAUCAAUUCAAUUGGAAAAGACCCCUACUGUGAAGAAGAAUGAAGUUGUUGCUCAAACUACUUUGAUUGAUACCCCAGAACCUGUGGAUACUAAGCAACAAAAUAAAUGGACCCCUGUAGCUCCUGAGCCAUUGAACGCGACACCUACUAAAGUGAAUGUUGUUAGUAAGGAUAAGAAACCAAAUUCUCUUGAUGAUGAAGAUGAUUUUCUAAUAAAUAGCGAUGAUGAAUUGUAG